UCCUAGUGGAUCCGGGUGGGUGCAUGCAGGUGGCCAAAGAGGUUCCAGUGCUUCAGCGUGAGGUGCCGCAGGUGUUCCAGUCGAGUCCGGGGCCGCAGAUUGUGGGAUUAGUGAUAUGCUUUCCUUCAACAGCAGAAAAGUUGAAGAUGUCUAAACAUUUAGUGGCUUUGACUGUGACCACCCUUCUUGGCGUGGCUGUUGGGGGGUUUGUCCUGUGGAAAGGCAUCCAGCGCCGGAGGAAUAAAACGAGCCAUGUGACCCGGCAGCAGCUGCCACCACCGCCACAGCCAAAAGCGCCAGGCAGGGGGGAGCUGCCCGCCCCAGAAGAGGAUCAGCCCCACUCGAGUGCCCCCAGAGCCUCAUGGGAAGAAAGGAUCCUUAAAGCAAAGGUGGUGACUGUGUCUCAGGAGGAGGAAUGGGAUCAAAUCGAGCCUUUGCUUAGGAGGGAGUUAAAAGAUUUUCCAGUACUUGGAAUCGACUGUGAGUGGGUAAGUGAAAAAGCAAAAAUAAAACAAAUCUUUUCUGCUUUUCCAGCUAGGGACCUUGACUAGUCAAAUAGAGGAUAGAUUAAAGGAGAAGUAGCUUGUUCUCAGCUUACUUGUAAAUAGAUUUUAGCAGAAGGAGAAGCAGCUUCUCAGGAUAGGAGAGUGCUUAUAAUCAUGGAUUCUGGGGUCAGAACUCUAUCAGUCCAUGUUCACCACUUCCAUUCUGAUCUCGGAGAGACAGCAGUGACUGAUGGCUUGAAGCGAGAUCUUAAUUCUCUGCUCAGGAAUUGAACCUGGGCAGCCUGAGUGAAGACCAGGAAUCCUAGCCCCUAGACCAGCUAGAGACUGAAAGCAGAAUUGCCCUGAUUCUUGCCCCCAUUGAAAGCAAGAAUGUUUCAAGAAAGCAAAGACUGUGAAAACAGGUACAAAGUUUCUUAGAAACACAGUACAGCGUGUGGGAGAGCACACAGGGCAGUAGUCUGCUUAUCUGAGGCAGAAGCACAGCAAUAAUACAUGCCCAAAGGAGGAGCAUGGGUGCAGGUGGGCAUCUGAGGAGACCACCUGAGAGGUGAUUUAAACCACUUAAUAUGGUGCAGUUUUUCCGGGGUCUUUGUUUUCCUUUGGCCAGUUAUUUUGUUUUAUUUUUCACACCUGACCAGACCCAGGGCCCUCCCAGAUCUGCAUGCACAUCUUUUGGCCAAAGCAAGGCAAGAUUUAUUGUGGUUUGGCACCCCCUCCCUUUCUGACCCAGAGUGGUCUCUCUGCGCAUGUGUAGUUGGAGUCUCCCUGACCCCAUAGAUGGAAAGUAUGUGACCUCUUGGUCCUUGGUCCAAGUAGGGCUCAGUCCCCUCUUUUAAUCCUGUCAUUACCACUGUUUACAACUCGAAGAAGACAAAGUACCAAUUAUUUGCCUUGUGCCUGUCCUUAUUUGUAUCUUGAAGUCAGGUGGCUGGUUAUAAAUGUCUGUCCUGGAGCCCACCUAUCUCCUGCCUCAAUUCUGUGAACUUGGACAAGCUGCUUAACCUCUUUGAGCCUCAGUGUACUUAUCUGUAGUAGGGAUGUAAUGGUAUUUGCUGGCCAGGCCUUUUUUAGGAUUCAAAUAGAUAGUCCGUGUAUACAGGCUUCAACACAAUU